AUGACGCGACGAGGAAAGUGCAUUUUUGCCUUCCAUAAUAUUCAUACACUACGGCGACGUUGUUCCGAGAGCUUGCCGAGAAUAUCGCGUGCAUCUCGCGUGGAAAGCGUUUGGAAUUCUGGACAGCAAGAGAGUGCCGGUGCACAACCUCGUAUCGCCCGGCAGAUACAUAAAACCUGGCGAGAUUGUGGUAGCUCUCCACGUAGCGCGGCCGUUGCGUCUCUUUUGUCGCGCACGGUUACUCCGAAUUUUUUCGCGAACAAAACUCGUCGACUGAACGAGUACAUCCGUCACUACGAAACGCUGUCAUAUCCUGUCGAGGAGGUCCAUCGAAGUCACCUGAGGGCGAAGAGGUCAAUCAACCGCGACAGUACCGUGACGUUAAAGUUUCGCGCGCACGGCAAGGACUUCCACAUCCGAUUAAAGCGGGAUUUGACCACUUUUAGCAACAAUCUAAUUAUUGAAGGAUCUACAGGGGAGAGACAGUACAACUCUGACAUCUCUCAUGUUUAUCAAGGCAACCUAGUUGGCGAACCUGGUAGCCACGUGUUCGGAAGUGUCAGUGAUGGAGUCUUUCACGGGAAGAUAGUAUCACCGAAAAGUGGUGCGUGGUACGUGGAAAAGGCACAUUACUAUUUCCCACCACAUGAGAUAAACGAGACAUUACAUUCUGUGAUCUAUCAUGAAAAUGAUGUCGGUGAUCCGUACGUGGAUGUUCGACAAGGUGACGGCGCUGGAUGUGGUAUUACUAAUAGCGAUGUAAUAGAAUGGAUGGAAAGCGUGCAGAAUUCUGCUGUACCGGAUGAACCACCUAAAACGGUCCCACCGUCGAACCAGAAGGAGCCGAAACCAAAUGUCGCACCCUGGAACGGGGACCGGGAGGCUCCUGGUCAUAAAUACAGUAGAGAAGCUAAUGAACCUAGUCAUCGCAGGCCACGAAGAGCGACUAGGUCGAAAGAAAACAACACCUGCUCGCUUUUCAUACAAACGGAUCCUCUUAUAUGGAGGCACAUCUCCGAACAGCUACAUCAUGACAUGGAGAAAACCAGGGAAGAAAUAUUGUCCUUGAUCGCACACCACGUCACCGCCGUGAAUUAUAUCUACAGGGACACGAAAUUUGAUGGCAGGACGGAACACAGAAACAUCAAGUUCGAGGUUCAACGAAUAAAGAUCGAUGACGAAACGGCAUGCUCGCCUCAUCAAUACGGCGAACCCAAUCCCUUCUGUUUAGAGAACAUCGACGUUAGCAAUUUCCUCAAUCUUCAUUCUCUUUCGAAUCAUGAGGACUUCUGUCUCGCCUACGUUUUUACUUACAGGGAUUUCACCGGCGGUACACUUGGGCUCGCCUGGGUUGCUUCCGCGUCCGGCGCGUCCGGCGGUAUCUGUGAGAAAUUCAAGACUUAUACCGAGACUGUGUCCGGUCUAUAUCAAUCCACUAAGAGAUCCCUCAAUACCGGUAUCAUAACUUUCGUGAAUUACAAUAGCCGUGUUCCGCCUAAAGUAUCGCAACUAACUCUGGCGCAUGAGAUAGGUCAUAACUUCGGAUCACCGCAUGAUUUUCCGCCGGAAUGCAGACCGGGAGGCUUGGACGGUAAUUACAUUAUGUUCGCCUCGGCGACGAGCGGAAAUCGACCGAACAAUAGCAAGUUUUCAAAGUGCAGCAUUGGCAAUAUCAGCAACGUCCUAGAUGCUAUCGAGGAUAAUAAGAAGAGGAACUGUUUCACUGGAGCGUUUUGCGGGAAUAAAAUUGUCGAGGCUGGCGAGGAGUGUGAUUGCGGAUACGAUGACGACGAGUGUGUGGACAAAUGCUGCUAUCCUAGACAGGUGUCUGAGCUGGAUAAGAUUAAGAAUGACACGGCGAAAGGUUGCAGUAGAAAAUACGGGACACAAUGCAGUCCUAGUCAAGGACCCUGCUGUUCGAGUGAAACGUGCCAGUUUGUGCCCCUCUCUCAUCGAAUCCAAUGUAGAGCCGAAUCAGACUGUAGUUACAAUUCUACAUGCAGUGGGAGGUCCUCCGAAUGCCCAGCGCCGCUACCGAAAGCCAACAAGACUAGAUGCAAUGAGGGCACUCAAUUAUGCAUCAAUGGGGAGUGCACAGGAUCUAUUUGUCUGGAAUGGAAUCUGACGGAGUGCUUUUUAACAAGCAGCAUCAUACCGAACAUUGAUAAGCGAAAACUGUGCGAAUUAGCCUGUCAAAAUGGAACUGAUGCAUCAACGUGUCGUGGAACAAGCGAGUUUGCGCACAUGGUGGGAUUGCCCGAGGGUGGAAUGAGCCUUAGACCUGGUUCACCUUGCGAUAAUUUUCAGGGUUACUGCGAUGUUUUCUUAAAAUGCCGAGCUGUCGAUACGGAAGGACCACUUGCGAGAUUGAAAAACUUGUUGUUUAAUAAAGAAACGUUAUCGUCGGUAGCACAAUGGAUAACUGAAUUUUGGUGGGCGGUACUAUUAAUGGGUAUAGCUUUCAUCAUAUUUAUGGGACUAUUUAUCAAGUGUUGCGCCGUGCACAUUCCUUCCACUAAUCCUAAAAAGCCGCCUGCUAGGCGCAUCAGUGAUACAUUAACGAGACCGAUGAAUACUCUUAGAAGAAUGCGACAUCCACAUAGUGGUGGUGGAGCUGGGCCAAGGAGUAUACCUCCAAGAUCAAAUCAAGGUGGUCAUUCAACGCGUUGUCCCGCUCAUGGAUAUGGAGAGGGAAGAGGUGCUCAAUAUUAUCCAAAAGGCUAUCGCUCGGUUCCCACAGCUAGUGCGCCACCAAGUAGUGGGUCAGCAGACAAUUACGGCCGUUCCAAUCACCCAGAACUGUAUGCCGGCGCCUAUUCGGGUUCCGGGGGAGGGGGGAGGAACGCAGCAUAUGAGAUGAGGCAUCACAACAAGGUGUGACGAUCCUAGGACAUCAUCACGAACGAGGACCACCAAUCGCUGCGUUGCACCACGAGCCGUUGUGUAGAAUGAUUGCCAAAUGC